UAUUCAGUAAAUAUAAUCCAGUCUCGGUGCUCUGGAGGAACCCCCUCCUCCCCCUCGUCCUCCCACAGAGGAUGCAGGACGGUGUGAGUGGUCCUGAGCUCUGACUCCUGACGGCGCACAGAAGUGGCCGCGACCAUCAAGAGGACAGUCACAGAUUCACGCUCUGGGAUCCGCUUUUCUCUCGCUUUUCUCUUUUUUUUUUUUGUUGGCUAUUCUCCCCCCCCUUAUCCAAAUCCUUCACACGUUUCUGUUGACUCAUUACAGCAUGACGGAACUCGGACUCGCACAUUUGGGAUAAUUUUCAUAAUGGUUCGCUUCAAAUGUACAUCUCCACGGAGCUGCAGCUGAGGUUUCAUUCAAAGUCCGACUGGAUUCUCACAGCGUGAUGGAUACAAAUGAGUUCGCAGUACUGAAACUUUUUGUUGUUGGGAUUUUGGUCAAUGCCUGGAUGAUGAGAGGGUUGUCAGCAACUGACAGUUUCAACAUAGAGCCCACUCCCCCCCGGCCGAGGAAAGCCUGCAAUGAGUCCCGUCUGCAGUGGGAGGUGGAGGUCUGUGGAGAGGAAUUCAAGCGGGACAUGGGUCAAAUAGAUCCACAGUACUGGUGUAACCUCACACACUUCAUCAGUGAAUACCACAUCUUCACACUUUGCACAGAGGCAAAGUCCCUCGUCGUGCACUGCUACUGGCCCAAUCCACUGGUGGAGAGCUACAUCAUCCGCAUACACAAGCACUUUUUCUCUAACUGCACCAUUGAGCAGGUGGUAUGGGUGGACCCGCCGGACGAUACGCUAACCAUCCUUAUCCUCAUCCCUGUUUUCCUCACAUUGGCCAUGAUCGCCCUGGUGGUCUGGUGCAGCAAGAGGAGUGAUAUCCUAGCUUAGGAGGAGAGGAAGAUGGAAAAGGACUGAGUUCAAGAUCCCAACAUCUCCACCAAAACAAUAUUGUACAAACGUGUGCACAGACGUUUUGGGAGAUCGCUUCAGUUGGUCAAAUUACCCCAUAAGUAGCGCGGCAAAUGACCUAAACUUCCUGUGGAAAUGAGGAAAGUAGUGCCUGGUAGUACAAAGUUGUAUUUGAUAUUUAAUAUUUUAAUAUUAAUAUUAUAUUAGGUGUCACUUUGAACAUUUCUGACAUUUAUCUACUAUCAUUCAACAUGUUCAUCUGUUCAACAGGUAUUUUAAGCACAAUUUAAUGUGAAAUAUGAAUAUGAAAUAUAUAUAAAAGCAUUAUAGUUGCUGGUAGGUGGUUGUGCCUUUGGAUAGAGCCAUAGCCUACUAGCUGUUUCCCCUUGUUUCCCAUCUUUAAGCUAAGCUUACUAGCUACUUUUAGCUUACAUACAUGAGAGUGGUAUCAACCUUCUCAUUUAACUCUCCACAAGAAAGCGAAUAGGCGUAUAAUUAUAAAAUUUUUACGUCAAGACACAGAAGAUUAUGUUUGAUUGUUUGAUGCCAUCACUUAUUGGGUAACUUGACCAGCUGGACAACCGACCAAAUCUUGGUGCAUUCUUUAAAGCCCAUGGAUCUGGGCAGUUAACCUCUGAGAUUCUUGUCAGAGCACUGUAUCGUUGCUGAAGGCCAAAGUAUCCACCAAGCACCAGAGGCAGUGACUGAACUCUAAACUGGUGGGAAUGAGACUCCCAGAAGACUCCGUGUGUUAAAUAUUUGAAAAUGAUACUGUAUGAUGGUUUGGAUACAAAAAUAAGCCAAAUGUGGACUUAAUAUUGAUUCUGCAAGUUUUAUCUUAUUGUUGAGUUACUGAAUGGACUGUCACUACUGGAAAGGAUACACUGGUGUGCAACCCAAAGACAAGGCAACACUAUGAUUCACAUAUUUUGGGACUUUAAUUUCUUGUGUGACUACCUGAGCCUCAAGAGACUGUUUUAUAACAGUGUAACUUAUCAGAUACUGUUAAAUAAAAUACUGUUAAUACUCACAAAGAGGGGUUCUCAAUGAAAUAAAAACCUAUGAACUGACAUUGAGACCUCAAACUGUACAGUUAUGCUCUGUGUCCGUGCUGUCUACUGUAUCUGCAUUUCCUCUCCAGUGUUACUCAGACCAGUGAGAAAUACACACUGAUGCUUUGAAAUGAAUUCCUUUGGGGAAAGGCUUGAUUUAAUGUACGCACUUCAUUGGUUCUUUGAACCGCAGUCCUCACCAGCCAUAAGGCAAACUAAACCAAGCACUGCUUUUUAUUUUCUUCCAAAGCAUACAGCAUCAACCUCUGUUUGUCGGCUCUCACCUGCACACUUUUGUCUCUGGAAGCUGAAACUCCUCAGCAAAAGUACCCUGAUUAAAUUUAUGUUCAAACAA